AUGAUUAUGGAAGCAACUAAUCCAGAGUUAGAUUGGCCAACUUUUCCAGUCAAAAUAGUUUCACAACUUUUCAAUUCGUUUGAGGAUGCUAAGAUGAAAGAAAAAGAAUUAUUCUUGUCUGCAUCUGAAUCCGAAAGUCCAGUGAAAAAAAAAAGAAAAACCAAAAAGGUUUAUCCAGCGCAAAUUGAAUUAGAAAGUGACAGUGCUUGUAGUAGUACACACACAACUCCUAUAAAAGUUUUGAAAAAAAACGAUGUUAAUGUAGUAGACCACCAACAAAGUGGAUCUUCAGACCAUUUUGAACUGCAGAUAAAUCAGAUUUCCGAUCAGUUAUUACCAAACAUUAUUUCUUCAUCCAUGAACACUUUGUAUGAUACUGUAUGUAUCAACACAGAUGAUUAUAACGCAGAGAUAGAUUCACCUGCUAUGUUUGAAAUAAACACUCAGAGUACUCAGAGUAUGGAACAAUCAAUAUCAAACAUAUUAACAGAAAAUCAGGAAGAAUUUAAUGAUGUCAAUAUGAUGAACAAUUUAUUUAAAAAUGUAAUUUCUAUACUGGCAUAUGUAAAACGAUUGGACAGCAAAAUAGAUUCAUUGAUCCAAAACAAUAAAAACACACUUAACAUUCAAACUGUUAACAACGAUUUUAAGAAAAUCUUUCCAUUCAAAUAUAUAGAAUCCGUGGAUGACAUGGAAAUCAAAUUAAAACAAGAUGAAAACACUUCUGAUCAACUGAGAAAUCUACUGCAAAAAAUUGGCGGCACUGGUCUAAAAAACUUUGUCAAAAGAGUUUUAGAACGAUUAUUUACUAACGAAUUAUCCACAAAAUAUUCAUGGACCGGUUUCAAAGAUAAUCACUCACUAAGAAAUUUAAAAAUGAUUAAAAUCAUGAAAGAUGUUGCCAAUAGUACUUUUUCGGAAACUGAAGCCAACUUUGAAGCACACAUUAAAGAUUGGUUCCGUCACGGCUCUCAAAGAUAUGCAAGAGAACAACAAAAAGAAUCUUCCUAA